AUGGGCAAGAAGUCUCGCUCCAAUUCGAAGAAAUCGACACCGGUAGCCAGCCCGGCAGGCACUCCGGCGGGCACUCCAACCAAGAAAUUGAAAGCCAAGCAAAAGACCAAGAGUCUGUUGAAGAAAGCGGUGCCAUCCUUGACUUCGGUGCCUCGGGAGAGGAUUCUGAACUCUGUCCAACAAUUACGCAAGUUUCAGGAUGCUAGCAAGAAUUCGGACUCCCGGAAUCUGCUAGACGACAGCGAGGAACUGAAUGAAUCGAUACAAUUGAUUGUGGUUAACAACACGUCGUUCAGUGGGUCUGAGAAGAACUUUAAGUUGAAGCUGAUCGACGUGAAACACUCCCUGUACAGGCCUUGGAACGAGGCGAGCGAGACCAGUGUCAAGGAUUUCAAAGUCCUGCUGAUCCUGAAGGACUCGGAUGUGAGCAAAGUCUCUGUGGAUGACUUCGUUCUUUCCGGGGACGAGAGGGACGUGCCUGUGGAGUUGAUUUGCGGCAGGGAUUUGAAGACCAAAUACAAGGCUUACGAAGCAAGAAGGGCAUUUAUCUCUGAAUUUUCUCUGAUUCUGGCGGAUGACAACGUUGUGACCACGUUGCCCAAGCUACUUGGGGGCAAGGCGUACAGCAAGCUAGAGACGACGCCCAUCGGUGUCAGAGCCUACGCAAACAAGCAAUUUUCGAAAAAGACCCUGAUCAACAGCUUCCUCAAGGUUUACUCCAGCAGACUGCCAGUCAAGAUUCCCAGAGGCACAACGGCCAACGUGCACCUCGGGAAGUUGCAGUGGUUCAAAGACGAGGAGUUGGUCGACAACAUCGAACAAGUCCUAAAGACGUUUCUCGACGGCUACAAGAUCAGGUCUGUCUUCGUGAAGUGCAACGACUCUCCUGUGCUGCCUCUCUACUAUAACCAAAAGGUGCUGGAAGAGAUUUCUGCCACGAAAGACGUGGCAGCAAAUGGCGCUGCAGAAAAGCAGCUGGUAGAGAUUGGUGGUGUGCCGGUCGAGCUGUCAACUUUCGAUAAGGCGCUGUUGGAGAUCGCAAACCCUGAUGAAGUACAAGACAUUUUCGCCAAGAACAUCAACGCUGCAAAGAGGAAAAAGUCUCCAGAGGAGGAAGAACCAGAGAGCAACGUGGUCAAGAAGGCCAAGAACUGA